ACCAAUAAUAAACAGUGGAUUGAUCAAUGUGAAGAUAUCAAAAAGAUUAUUCCCUCUUUCCCACUUAUUUUACUGCUACUUUUAGAUCGACGAGUGAGUAUUGAGUUAUCAAGAAUCCCCCUGCUAUGGAUGAAUCCGAUAAGACGCGGCUCUGAAAACGUGAGACAGCAGAUUCGUGGAAGUUUACAAAUCGCUAUUCAGGAUGCGCGUUUCGAUCGAUAUUUCAGCAGAAUUUCAACUAUCUACAAUCUUCACGAGAAUGAAUUUUGUCACGAGGAAAAUUUUGAGCAACCUCUAACGAUAUGUUUGGAUUGUAAUAUGUCUGUGGAUGAGGUGGCCUUUGGCUUGGCGUUGCAGUCCAUGACACCUUUUCGUUUUUCCUGCAAUCGUCUCUUAAUGCGACGUUUGCCCGAAUUACAACUCCCGGCGUUCAAUCUCAUCAGACUACUUGAUCCCCUGUCAAUAACGCAGUUUGAAUUGGAAGAUCCAGAACUGGGUUCAGGUUCCAGAGGUGGUUUACCCUCUGCUCUGGGAUGGUUGGGAAGUCUGCGUAAUCUUCGAGCCUGUUCCUUGCCUGCUUGCAUUCCUCCUCCGUUGAAUUCCUCCACUCUCUCUACUAGCUCAGUGCCACCUAAUGCCAACUCCAUAGCCGCUGCUAACAAUCCCAGUCAAGUCGCAUGUCGACUGCUAAACAGAUCUCUCAUCUCCCUGAGACAUAUUCAGAGACUCAGUCUCGCAAGAUGUUAUUUACAAGGACAGCUACAAUUACUUCUCGGUGGGCUUAGCCAACCUCUGGAGUAUCUAAAUCUACAGGAUUGCUGUCUUAACGCAGAUGAUAUUGAAUUUCUGGCAUUCAAUUGGCGGCCUCUAUCGGGUUUAUACGAACUAAAUAUCUCUAGAAAUAAUUUGGCUCGUGUACCUGAGAGCACACUUGCUCAUCUCUUCUGGAACACCUGUUUCAGCCAUAGUGGUCAUCUUACGUGUUUAUCCCUCGCCUAUACCUGCCUCCCAUUUGAACGUCUAGUGUGGAUACUUCGCCUACUUGCCAGAGAAAUCAAAUCCUCGGAUGUAUCUAAACGGACGACGCCAACAAAUAUCCAGGAUUAUCCAAUAUCUUCUGAUGAAUCCGAUAUUGAAUUACUUUCAUCCAGAUGCACUUUGAGAGUUCUUUGCAUUCAGAAUUUUAUUCCGCCAACUCAUGAAAUUAGUCGUGGAUUGCUUCAUUUGGCCAUCACUUUACCGCGCCUAAGACUACUUCAACUUUAUCCAGCAUUCUAUGCAUUUCCUGGGAUGUUGCAAAUGUUUAGAACAGCUUUUUCUUCAAAUCUUCGACGGCAAAUUAUUGCAACUGCUCUCUGUACCGGAGCAGCGUAUCGUGUGUAUUCAACUUGGAAUACCUCCUUCAUAAAUCGGACACAAAAAAAUGUGCUUCCAUUUGUCUUACCUGUUAUCGCCUGUUCUCAUCCCAGACGCUUCCCACUUAUGGCAAACAGUUUCGAAACAGAAAAUGAUUCUUCAAUUGACGAUCCCAAUGAAAAUGAGCACCAUUGGAGACGUGUCGCAAAAUUAGAUUUCCUUCAAAACUGGAUUGAAGAACAGAUUCCCUUAACUUUUACGCGUGGUUUACUAGACACAAUUAAUAUACUUGAUUCCAAUACAAUUCUUGAAUUCGAAAGAUUAGGUGCCCCUUCAUUACUUCUGAGGAGUUCUGCACAAGCUAAUUUCGCAUUUGCUCUCCUCCGUACAUAUUUCUUCCUCAUUUCCGCUUCAAGACGAAUAGAGGUCUUGAAUAUUAUUAUAGAUGGCAAGAACUGGGCUGUAGAGACGCAUCUUCGACUUGUCCUCCUUCCUUCACCCUCUCGUGAGGAUCGCACUUUGCCUCCCCACAAACUCAGAAAGGUUCUUGAAUCUAAAGCAAGAUGGAUCGAAUUCCGAGUUAUCUUCCAUUUGAACAAAAAAGGUGACAUCUCUCUUGUCAAGAUAACAAGGAUUAAUCAGCGUGAUUCUCAUGAAUGGUCUCUUUCAAGGACACAAAUGCGUAGAUAUGUCCCUGUUGCCCAAGGUUUUGCUAUCCCUCUCAUAACCCUCGAUUCCUCUAAACCCGAUGACAUUGAUCUCCAACUUGACCAUAUACUCUCACAUCUUGAAGUUCUAUUCAAGAAGGGCUCUCCCGUUGAUAUUGAUCUCUAUUCUAGUUUAAAGAAAUGGGAGAACUAUGUUUGCAACGUUCUAUAUGAGGCGAGCAAAAGGAACAACAGACAAAUUUCCUCAAAUGCCAAAACCCGAACCUCUGACCAUCAAGUCGUCAUACCUCUCCUUACUGCCUUCCCCUGUAUCUCAGGCUUUUUUUCGUUCUCCCAAUCUGUCGCGUAA